UCACUAGUUAAACAUAAAUUUUGCAAGAAGGGCCAGAAACAUCAUCAUCAUCUUUCCAAGACAUAGAUUAAAAACAAUUACUUGAAUCAUGUAAAUGGCAUGUUAUACUUUACAAGUUAGUGUGUCCAUCUAUGAUCCGUCCAAUCAUUAACAGGAAGCUUCAGUAAUUCCUCAAGAAUUUUCAUCCUUCCUCUUCCAAAUUGAAUUGAAAUUGUUCGUGUAAAUUAAAAUCCAUGGAAUCAAACCUGUGCUCUUCUGCGCGCAUAGUGAACCAAACUCUCAACAGAACCCAUAACCAGAUUACCAGACUCCUGAAAUCCCAAAGAUGUCGUCAUUGUCCCAAAGACAUUCCAUGGCUGUGCUCUCCCAGAUGCUAAAACUGCCGCCCAUCAAAGCCCUCUCACUUUUCAACUUAGCAACCCAGUCGGGCUUCCAACACACUCCACAAUCCAUCUCCAUUAUCCUUCAUCACCUCCUCUCCUUCCGCAAGCUCUCUCAUGCCCAAUCUUUAGUCCUCAAAUUACUUUCUUCCCGCAUCUCCUCAACUUCAUUCACAGUCCCCUCUCUCCUCUCCCAUUUGACAGCCCAAAACCAUUUCAGCUCUUGUUCUCUUUUCUAUGAAUCAAUUAUCAACGCUUAUGUUCAAUAUCAGUCGGUGGAAAAAGCCCUUUUCUAUUUUCAUGAAAUGGUCAAUAAAGGCCUUGCACCCACAUCCAACACGUUUAACAAUGUGCUGAAUUUUCUCGUGAAGAUGAGAAAUUCUGACAAAGUUCGGAGCUUUUUUGAUGAAAUGAAAGAAAGAGUUGUCUUGGAUAAGUAUAGUUUCGGAAUACUUGUUAAGGGUUGUUCUGAUAUUGGUGAUUUGGAUAGAGCUUUUGAGGCUUUGGGAUGUAUGGAGAAGAUGGAUUUGAAACCAAAUGUGGUUAUAUAUACUAGUUUGAUAGAUGGAUGUUGCAAAAGUGGUGAGAUUGAGAAAGCAAAGGAGCUGUUUUGUGAGAUGGGAGAGUUGGGUUUGGCUGCUAAUCAGUACACUUACACUGUUUUGAUUAAUGGAUUCUUCAAGAAAGGGCUUAAGAAAGAUGGUUUUGAGUUGUAUGAGAAGAUGAAGACUGAUGGUGCAUUGCCUGACUUGUACACGUACAAUACUCUAAUCCAUGAAUUUUGUAAUGGUGGCAGAAUUCUCAGAGCAUUUGAACUGUUUGAUGAAAUGCAUGAGAGAGGGGUGGCAUGUAAUGUGGUGACAUAUAAUACUUUGAUUGGGGGGUUAUGUCAACAUAUGAGAGCGUUGGAUGCAGAGGAAUUGGUGGAUCAGAUGAAAGGGGGUGGCUUGAGCCCAAACUUGAUCACAUUUAACACUCUCAUAGACGGGUACUGCAAAGCUGGGAGGGUUGAUAAAGCUGUGAGUUUGUUGAAUCAGAUGAAGUCUUCUGGCUUAAGACCAUCCUUAAUUACCUAUAAUAUUUUAAUUUCAGGUUUCUCUAAAGUUGGAAAUCUAUCUCGUGUUAUGGAUCUGGUUCGAGAAUUGGAGGAAAGAGGCUUUGCUCCGUCUAAGGUGACAUAUACAAUUCUUAUUGAUGCCUUUGCUAGAUCAAAUGACAUGGAUAAAGCUAUUGAGAUGCUUUCUGGAAUGAAGAAGGCGGGUUUGGUUGCGGACGUUUGUACUUAUGGUGUUUUGAUACACGGUUGGUGUUCAGAGGGUAAUAUGAUGGAGGCUUUCAAGCUAUUCAGAUCAAUGUCUGAGGUGGAUUUGAAGCCAAAUCAUGUAAUAUACAAUACCAUGAUCAAUGGUUAUUGCAGAGAGGGUAACUCUUAUAAAGCCUUGAUGAUGCUAAAACAAAUGUUUGAAAAAGGUAUGGUUCCGAAUGAGGCAAGUUAUAACAUGACGAUUCAAGUUCUUUGCAAUGACAGAAAGUGGAAAGAGGCUGAAAAUCUUUGCAAUGACAUGAUAAAGUGUGGUGUACAACCCUUGGUUGCUAUUGAUAUGAUUCAUGAAGCUAAAGUUAAAGAUUCCUAGAUUACUGUUAGGCACUCUUCAGUGCCAUGUGAUACCACAGGAGCUGCAAAGCAUACAAUUCAACUUCAACUUGGAUAGUUGGCAGAUCAUGAAAGGAGCACCAAUCGGACCUGCUAAUUAAGGGAUUGAAGAUCUUCAAACUGUGUGAGUUUACGAGGAGAACUAGGCUGUGCACGGGACAGCAGAUGUUUAGCGAAAUCAUAAUAAGUCUAUUGUAAAGAAUUUCUUAAACAAGCCUCAGGAGCGUAGGCGAACAAUAAGGCAGGAAAUUAAAAAAAGCCCUAGUGUGUUUUAGUAGAAUUGAAGUAGUUUUGUUGGAACAGAUUUUGUUCAUAUAGGGUAUGAUGGUUUAUAAUCCAGUGGCUUACUUAGGAUGACAAAUGCCGCAGUUGCUACAAGGCAAAAAUUUUGAAUUUUUUUUUUUUCGUAUUUCUAAGGAAUUGUUUACUAGGAAAGAAACAGGGGUGAGCUAGAAUGGUUUAUGGUCCAGCGGCUCACCUUGAAUUUUCAAGAUUUUAUCUUGGAUAGAAUAUUUUUCAUUGUAUGUGUAAUAUCUUCGGAAUCACUUUAAGAGGUUUUCA